AACGUAAACCAUACGUAAACGUAGUAAAUUCUCCAAUCUCCGGUAGGAGUAUUUAUGGAGUAUUUGUGUUUAGUGAUUACUGCGUUAUGCGGAGUAUAUAGUUUAUGAAAUUCUGAUAAAUAUCCAGUAACAUUACGAAUCACAAUAAAAACAUAUGGACACUAACUACAGUAAGUCAAGAUGGAUUUUUCCGAAAAGGUGGUGUUAAUAACUGGUGCCGGCUCUGGCAUCGGAGCCGCCACAGCUAUACACUUCUCAAAACUAUCAGCCAAACUUGUCCUAGUCGAUAAAAAAGGCGACAACUUGAAAAGAAUCGCCUUAUAUUGCGAGAGAGCAAAAUCAAUAAAACCAUUGACGAUAGUCGCAGAUUUAACCGAAGAUUUAGACGUGGAGAGAAUCGUAAAGGAAACCAUUGAGCAGACCGACAAACUAGAUGUUUUGGUAAACAAUGCUGGCAUAAUAGCAAUGGGAGGAAUCAAGAAAACUGAUAUGGAGUCUUUUGAUAAAGUUAUCUCUACAAACGUAAGAUCUGUGUAUCAUCUCACUAUGUUGUGCGUUCCUCAUCUAGUCAACAGCAAAGGCUGUGUUAUAAAUGUCUCCAGCAUAUCCAGUAGCAAACCCAACACCAUGUCCUUAGCAUACAAUAUGUCUAAAGCUGCCUUGGACCAGUUCACCAAAUGCACGGCUCUGGAACUGGCAGCAGACGGUGUUAGAGUCAAUUCUGUAAAUGUUGGUUUUGUUAAAACCAAUCUGUUCAAGGAUACAGGCCUCACAGAAGAUCAGCUUGAUAUGUUCUGCAAGAAUAACGCUUGCGGAACACCUCUGAAGAGAAUUGUUGAAGGGGAAGAAGUUGCUAACUUGAUCUCCUUCCUAGCGAGUGACAUAGCUAAAAGCAUUACGGGAUCUUGCUAUGUCAUAGACGGAGGAAAGUCUUUGGCCUAGUUUGCAUUUAUAUCAAUAUGGAUCUUAGAUCUUGAUUAUUUUUAUUAAAAUGUGUUUUGUCUAGGCUUCGAUGUAUAGCUAUAUUUUGAUAGGAAAUUUUUAGAACCAUAGGUAUUAUUGUGAAAGUAUU